UCGUGUCAGUCCGUCCGCGCUCCGCAAGUCUGCAGUCGGCCGUGGCGCGUUCUCGGUAACGCACGUAGCGUCAUGUUUCGAGCGGUUUCUGAUGUUUGGAAGCGAUAUUGGUGGGGAACAGGUAUUCUACCGGACAGAUCAAACAAAAUCGAUGACAUUUAUUUAAGAUUUUACAAUGGGCGGAACGUGGAAGAAUAUGUGGAUUUCCCUCUCAACCAAGCGGAAAGAAUAUUUGAUGUCACUGGUUUUAGAAAGGAUAAACCGGUUGUUUUAUAUGUGCACGGAUUCAUUGAAAUAGCACAACAAGAGAGCAUACGGGAGGUCGUGAAUGCGUACUUAGAGGCGAAACCCGAGACCAACGUAGUGCUACUGGACUGGUCGAAUAUGUCACAUGGGUCAUAUUUAGUGAAUGCUGCAAGGAAUACAGAAAAGGUAGGAACAGCAGCGGCCGAGCAAUUAAACAAACUGAUUGACGCAGGCAUACCUUCUGAAAAAGUACACCUCAUUGGACAUUCGCUUGGCAGCCAUGUUGCGGGAUACACAGGAAGAGAACUGAGAACCAAAUAUAAUAAAACCGUUAAAAGAUUAACUGCCCUCGAUCCUGCUUUUCCAGCAUUCUACCCGGACGGUGUGAUGAUGGAACACGUGAACGCUAAAGAUGCAGAGUUUGUGGAUGUUAUUCACACAGACGCAGGGGGAUACGGAGCUCCUGUCCGGACCGGUACGGCAGACUUCUGGCCCAACGGAGGCAAGAGCACGCAGCCCGGAUGCCCAAGAUUCGCUCCUAUACCCUUAUCAGAUGACAAUUUAUGUAGUCAUUGGAGAUCGUGGAGAUUCUACGCCGAAUCUGUAAGGAAUCCCGAGGCCUUCCCUGCAUCUCCUGCAGAAUCGUUUAGCAAAUUUAAAGAUAACCCCACACCCGAAUUAGGAUUGGUAUAUAUGGGUUUUAAUUGUGACCACAGUGCGAAAGGAUCUUACUACUUAACAACAAAUGGAAAGACUCCGUUCGGGAAAGGAAUCGACGGAUUGUAUCCGAAAAGAAAGAAAGAAUCUACAAAGAAAGCAUAAGUGACUGUGUACAUCUAGAAUAGGAAACAAAAAACUAAAUGUAGAGUUUUAUUGGAACGAUGUGUUGUUAAUAAGUAAGUUUAUGAUCUUCUAGCAAGUUUUAAAUUGCAUUUUAAAAUAAUAUAAUAUGAAAUUGUGAUUGUUUCAUUUGAAAACUUAAUAAUUAUUGUAAACAGAUUUUUAUAUAAUAUGGUCUAUAUUUUUAGUAGGCCGUUUGAUAACUCUACAGAAGCUCAAAAAAUACGGACAUCACAAGAACGCGCAAAGCUUAAACAAACACACAAAUAUACAUUUUUUAUUUAUACAUUUGAUUGUAACAAGACUUAUUCAGUAUAAAAAAAAUACAUGACAUCAUCAAAGACUAAAGAAUUUCGUGUUUCUUUUGGACUAAGUUUUUUUUUUUUUUCAAUUCAAUCAAAAACAAAUGUUGUUCCACCUCAUCACACACUCUAAUGAACGUCCGUGGCUUUUUAUUGAUCCAAAUAAAAUUACCUUAUAUGAUUUUCACAAAAAAUUGUUAUGAGUAUUUAUUUGUACCUAAUUUUAAAUGUGAAGGAGAUUUUUUUGAUCGAGCGAUGUACGGAUUAUAUAAAUUAGGAGUAAAAAAAUUGUAGUUACCAAAUAUAUUUGAAAACUUAUAAGAUAUAGACUUGUGUCAAAACGGACUUAUAUUUUACUUAAGUAACAUUCAAGGCAUUUUUUGUGAACUGUUAUUAAGCAACAAUAACUAAUAUUUAUGGUAUGUAUCUAUCUUCAUUGUGUGUAGAUUCUGAUUAUAAAUAUCUAAAUAGCUUAAGGAAGUAACAGUAUUUAGCAUCACAAAAUACUUAUUUAUUACCUUCAAUAAAUAUAAUAUUUUUUGUCAAUGUUAAUUAUUCAAUUAUAUCACUCCAAUUUAGUACAAUUAAAUAAAAAAAUUGAGCGCCAUGGAAGGCUUUGAUUCGCGGUUAACAUUAUCUAUUAAUAUUUCUAAUGAAGCAAAAAAGUGCUAUUUAAAAUUACAUAUAUCAGUAUUCUCAUAACUUUAUAAGUUAAUUUAGCCUCAUAAAAAAUUCAAAAUUGAAUGAUAUUAUGAUGAUAUUUAUUUUGUUUUAAUAUUACAAAUUAUUAUAAUUGAAUUAUUUGGAAGAAAUGAAUCUGAUAGAUUUUUAAAGGUUUAAAUUAAUUUAAAGGUUUUUUUAAAGGCUUUUCGAACCUUUUUAAGAUGGAGAAGAAGGACACAUUCUCACAUUGUUUUAAGGCUGCUGGAGAAACAAACAUUAUAUUUAUUCAUAUUAUUAUAUAAUAUUAUAUAUUCAUUUUAAUAAGUUAUUUUGAAGUUUAAAUGUAUAAAAAUGGUACUGGAUUACACGAUAUCUAAAGGUACUCGGAAAAUGUUUCGGUUAUUUUUAUUUUAUUUUUAAUACAUGACUAAUGACUAACUGUAAGUGUUCCACAAGUACUUAAAUAAGCAAUUGUUUUAAUGAUUAAAUAUUAAUAUAAUUUAAAAAGACUUGAAACAAGUUUUGUUAAUACUGUUAUCGUUAAUAAAAUUGAUAAAAUCA